AUCAAUUUUUGUUUUUAUAUGCCGGGAUUGCAGGGCUGACACUAUGGCGGACCUUUUCACCGAGGCAAUGCCAUCGAGGGUCAAAGACACGAAGGGCUUGCAUUUAAUCACCUGCUCCACCCCAAAUGGGAAGAAGGUGCAGAUUCUGCUGGAAGAACUCAAGGAGGCUUACGGAUUGGACUGGACCACAUCCUUGGUCGACCUCGAGACCAAUGAGCAGAAGCAGCCAUGGUUUCUCAAGCUCAAUCCCAAUGGGAAAAUCCCCAUCCUCAUCGACCAUCCCAGCGGCGAGGAGCCAUUCCCCGUCAUGGAGUCGUCCGCAGAACUCCUUUACCUGGUGGAAAAAUUCGACCCCGAUCAUCAUUUCCACUUCUCCACGGCCACCGGCCGAUCCCAGCUCUUUCAGUGGUUGAUCUUCUGGCAUGCGUCCGGCCAGCCGCAUCAAGCGGGGUUGAAUCAUUUCGGAAGAUUCGCUCCAGUGCAGGUUCCUUAUGCUGUGCAACGAUUCAAGGCCGAGACACUUCGGAUCUACGACGUGCUGGAACUGCACUUGUCCGACCGCCUGGCCGGCGGCGAAGCCCGGGAGUACUUGGCCGGGGCCGGUCGAGGCACCUACAGUAUCGCCGAUAUCAAUGCGUACCCCUGGGUGCGGGCGUGGAGCAGAAGCACGAUCACCGAGGAGGAGAUGGGGAAAUUCCCGCACUUGAAAAAGUGGAUCGAGCGGAUUGAGACCAGACCGGCAGUGCUGAGAGGUAUCGGGGAUCAAUAUGACGAGGAGGUGCAUCCUGAACUACUGCUCACCACGAACUAGCAGAUAACUCUGUCUGUGUGGCUACAUUCUAUCAGGUUCCCAAUGUAGUAUGUUGUAUGUAACCAACGUGAAUGGACUCGUGUGAUU